UAGGCUCCUUAUCCUUAUCCUUGACAAUUGAAACCUUCACAUGUAUUUUAUUUUAUUUUAAAAUAAAAAAAUAGCCAUGAUAUGCAAACAGUGGUUUAGGUCGGUGGACUAGAGAAUUUCAGUAAUUUGGGCCGUAGGUUAGUAUUGGACCAAAUGAAAAUCAUUCCCGCCAAUGCCAAAUCGAACGAGGAGGGCAUCGCACACGCCGCCUGCUCUUCUUCAGUUGUUGUUGUUCUUCUUCUUCUUCCGCAGAGCAUAGUGCCACAGUGAGUGAGUAAUCCUAAUCAGAUCUGACAUCUACCGGCUCAGCUUGUUCGUAGUACGUACUCCUCCACUUUCAGUUCCGCUUCCAUUUCCAUGUCGAAAAAAAGAGGUCUUUCGCUGGACGAGAAGCGCGAGAAGAUACUUCAAAUCUUUUAUGAUUCUCAGGACUUUUUCCUCCUUAAGGAACUUGAGAAAUUGGGCCCAAAGAAAGGUGUGAUUAGCCAGUCAGUGAAAGAUGUGGUCCAGAGUCUGGUGGAUGAUGAUCUUGUUUUAAAAGACAAGAUAGGAACUUCUGUGUAUUUUUGGAGUCUCCCUAGCUGUGCUGGAAAUCAGCUGAGGAAUGUGCAUCGCAAACUUGAAUCUGAUAUUCAAAGAAGUGAAAAGCGGCUUGCAGAACUUGUUGAUCAGUGUGAUGCCCUAAAGAAGGGGAGAGAGGCAUCUGAUGAACGAGAGGAAGCCUUAGCUAAGCUAAAAUCCAUUGAGCUCAAGUACUCUGAGUUAAAGCGUGAAAUGGAGCAGUAUGCGGAAAAUGAUCCGGCUGCCUUUGAAGAAAUGAAGAAAGCAAUUGAAGUUGCCCACGCGGCAGUAAACAGAUGGACAGACAACAUUUUCACAUUGCGCCAGUGGUGUUCAAACAAUUUCCCCGAGGCCAGAGAGCAGCUUGAAAGCAUGUACAAAGAGGUAGGAAUAACUGAUGACUUCGACUAUUUGGAGUUGUCGUCAGUUCCCACGCAGCUCGAUGGGUGAUUAGACGGUUGCACAUGAUAAUAAUAUAGCUGGUUGCAUUUCUAUGACUACAUAUGUAGACCUAGUGAUGUCAGCACAAUGCAAGUUUCCUUUUUCUGCAUAAAACACUGAUACGUUGACUUGAUUCAAGCUUUAUGAAAUCAUAAAUGUUGAGAAGAAGUUACAUCUGAUGGUUAGUGGAAUUGACUCCGAUGCAAAAGUCCUAUGCGGCUAUUUGGUAUUUGUGUGUUGUUUGAAUUGAGUAACAUUAAUGAUUUGACUUUGCUGUUUGCCGGAGGCAUUCUGAAGCGACAAGGAUCUCUCAUUUCAUUAGAAAAGAAAUGGAACGUCUUAAUUUGCAUUAGCCAAAUUAUGAUCUGUCAACAAUAUCGAACCUAAUGGCUAAAUUUGUGCCAUAUCAUCAUUGUAAGAUAGAAACA